AUGCUGGAGGCGACUCGAGUGUAUCGUCUUGGCCACGAGGCGCAUGCACAACCAGCGGAGAAGCUUCAAAGAGCAUAUGCUGAAUUCUUGGCGAGAAAUGGCAUUGAGGCUGAAAAUCGCACGUCUACGUUCCUCAAUACGUUUACUUCUCCGUUUCUUGGCUACCGAAAAGAACCUAUGAGAUUCGGCGUUGCCCCCCGUCAUAACAUGUGCGAUAAGCCGGCGGUCACUAAAAGACCUUUGACGGGAACAAACGAAACCGUUUCAGCCUUGCUACCAGACUUGAGUAUGUCUCGUUUGACAAUCGGCGAGGCUACUUUCGCUAAGUCAUUGGUGGCCUCUCAAAAGCUGCAACUCAGGUCGACACCAAGCUGUCAUAGUGGUAUCGUUGUCAAACCUUCGACCACUCCGUUUGACAUCAAGAACGCUACUUCUUUCUACCGGUCAGAAAGUGUUGCUGCCGCGGCUUCCACGCGUAUUCCUCAGUUGCAGAUGGGGGUGACAAUCAACGCUCCAGUAGCUGAUGAUGACAUGAAUGGUUCGGCAUCGAAACCCCCCAUAAGCAACCUGUUUGACGGAAAUGAUACGAAACAAAAAUAUGGUGUUAGAAAAUCUGAGAUGUUCGCUGAACCGCCAGAAUUUGAGGACGAUGGGCAGGAUUUGGACAAGACCGGCUACGGUCUUCAGGAGGAUAUCAAUAGUACGAUAAACCCAUGGGAUCCGUCAUUAGUGGAGAAACUUCUUGGCAAGGUCAGACGACUCCAAACGAAAAGCGGCCAUUUUCACGUAUUGCCUCAGCUGCUUCCUCGCAUAUCGACCGGGACUUCUUUGUUGCUAGACGCAAAGACAUUCGUUGUAGAACAGUUAAUAGGAAAGGGAGCAUUUGCGAACAUCUAUCUGUGUACUUUAAAGCAUACGAGUGAAAAGAUUGCACUCAAGGUUCAGAAGCCCGGAUGCCCAUGGGAGCAGUACAUUUCAGAGACAAUUUUUUGCAGAAUUAAACAAAAAAAUUUGGAUCUGGUUGAGAACGGUUUCGCUUGGAUUAAGGAUGCUUACGUAUUUUCUAACGGCUCAAUGAUGACCAUGGAAUACUUUGAGCAUCAAACGUUGCUUCAUCUUGUUAAUCGAUAUCGGCUUCGUGGUCAGUCGAUGAAAGAGCCGAUUGUCGCCUACCUCGCGUUAGAGAUGUUGAAACUGCUAGAUGCGUUACGGGCCAUCGACGUCAUCCACGCUGACAUUAAACCGGAUAACUUUGUCUUCGUUCGUCCACCAGCGUUUCUCGAAGGAACCGACGUGAACGAUGUGGACUUUGUCCAGCUGCCGGUCAGCUGUAUUAAACUGAUAGACUUUGGCCGAUCGAUUGAUAUGUCGCUGCUCCCCCCAGGAUCCAGUUUUACAGGCGUUGUACAUACGUCCAAUUUUGUGUGCUGCGAGAUGCAGGACGGUCGACCCUGGACAUAUCAGACCGAUUAUUUUGGGUUGUUGGGUACAAUCUGUGUGCUGAUUGAUGGAAAGUACAUGACGACUUUUAAGUUGAAGGCUGAGGGAAAAUGGAAGAGCACGGUUUCUAUUCAAAGAUCAUGGAACGCAGAAUUGUGGCUGCGCCUUUUCAGUUCGCUUCUGAACAUACCGAGUUGUGUCGAGCAGCCUGACCUCGGUGGCUUCAUUACGGAUUUCUCUAAGUUUUUAAACCAAACGGUACGGUGUUCCUAUUGUGAUUGGAUGUCAGAGUUACGGAAGCUGAAGAAGAUUCUUGCCUGA